ACGCAGAAACCGUCGAGCUGGCAACACUGCCUAGCAAAUGCAACGCGUCCGCUUCAAAAGCAACACAACAGUAAAGCGCCGCGUCAGUGGGUGACAGACGUCAUUUGAUGACAGUGGAGAUACGUCACCGAACUGUCAACGGCAAGACCGCGUGUUCUCGUAAUCGGUCUAUUCCACAUUAGCCGUGAACGAGAACAGGACUGAACUGGCAAAGUGCUGAAAAUUAAACAAAUUGAAAAUUUAAGUAUUAAAGUGAAGAAAAGUAAAGAUAGUAAAGAGUGAAAGCGAGGUUAGGAGUAAAGUAUAGAAUUAGAUAGAAGUGAGUUAACUGUGCUAGAAGGAAACUCGCGGACGAAGCUAACCGCUAUCUAGGGCGGAGAAAAGGAAUAGCCCACCAAAUUGUAAGGUACAUUUACAAUAUAAAUACGCUCACUAAUUCCGAAUUAUAAUUACAGUUGAAGCUAAUUAAAAUCAUUACGCUGUCAAAACGGCCUUUUUCCUUCGCCCUACAACCUCGACAAUCUUCAAAAAUUUGAGGUAAGAUGGCCGAACAGACGCCAAUUGGAGAUACAACGGAGUUGGAACAAGAGGAAUCCAAUUGUGUGGCCUGCCAACGUCCGGAUAGUGCGGACAAUAUGGUCCAGUGUGACCAAUGCGACGGAUGGCGGCACUAUACAUGCGCCGGGGUGGAUGCGAGUGUGAUGAACCGGUCAUGGGUGUGCGGUGAUUGCACCUCCAUGCAAGAGGAUGCCAUUUCAUUGAAGAGCGGUUCCAGUCGUGCCAGUGCAGCGUCGGCGCUUUCCGUCUGUAUGAGCCAGCUGGUGGAAAGGCAGCAGCUAGAACGAAAACGUGCGGAAAUAGAGCUGCAACGCCGCCAUCUUGAUGAGCAACAAAAACUCAUCGACAAAGUGCUGGAAGGAGAAGAAAAUGGCAGCCAUCGCAGUGGUGUUUCAGCGCGCAGUGGUACCAUUGAAGCGGCUUCACCUACUUCAAGUAAGCGUCUUUCUACCCCACUUCCCCCCGGUGCCCCACUAGCAUCAUCUGUUCGUCGUUCGGUACCGGCGCCGGGUACACCCAGAUCGGUAGCGCCACCGAUGGUAACCAUUCCCCUAGCAGUGUUGAAGCCGUCUGCGUCUCAGUUACCGCAGGGAACGAAAUCUGAGGAUGCAUUGUUGGAACUCAGGAACCGAGUGGAGCAAUGCGAAAGGCGAGCAAAACCGACACACGAACAGCUAUCAGCACUACAAGCACAGUUGGAACUGUGCCGCAACAUACUUGAGGGAUUUCAAUCCAGUGCGGAAAUGUGCGAACGAGUCGGACAACCGGAAGCAAGCAGUACAGUGACGGAGCAGUUACCAAAGCCAGCGGCAAGCCAGCCGCGCAUGGAGAAGCAGACCGGCGCCAUUCCCAAGGCGGGCCGAACGUUAGCAACUGUCCCGGAGGACGAACGAAUUCGGUCUAAAAAUGGUUCCGAAGCUGACGCAGUAGGUGGAAUCGACCCAAUGAAUCGUCGCUGGCCUGUGAGGGAACCGGUAAGCCAUACUAGUUUGGCAGCGGUAAGUCAAACAAUCGCAGCAACGGAAAGCAAUCCAAGCUAUAUGGAAACCCCAGGUAAGCGUCAAGCCUUGAGUAAUUAUUCAAUAAAUGCAAACGAAUACACUUCUCAAUAUUGCCCCACGACCAAUAUGUAUGAAAUUUCCCGUGAACAGUCGCGAAAUUUCGCGCAUCCGGGAAAUAGUAAAAUUCCUCCUGAAGUUCCCCGCGAGCAGCAGCAAGUUUUUCACGCGCGCCCGGGUGUAACACAAAUACUAACUCUGCCCAAGAGUCAAUAUAAGAAUAAAACCGAUGAACGAAUGCGUGAUUCCCCCACAUACCCGGUUGAAUUCAAUAAAUUUCCUCUGCCCCCUCGUCUGUCAGAAAAUGUGUAUCAAGACCAAGUGAUUCCCCCUCGAGCUCCAGGAGGUCCAACGCAGCAGCAGCUAGCAGCACGGCAGUCCCUGGCUAAGGAACUUCCCCGAUUCUCUGGAGACCCAGCGGAUUGGCCGAUCUUUAUUUCAAGCUAUCGAUACACAACAGAAGCCUGCGGCUUUUCGGAUGGUGAGAACAUGCUUCGCCUGCAACGAUGUUUGUCUGGUUCUGCGCUUGAAACAGUACGUAGUCGGCUGGUGUUACCAGCAGCGGUGCCCCAAGUGAUCGAGACACUUCGUAUGCGAUUUGGACGUCCUGAGUUGCUGAUCAACGCUCUGCUACGCAAGGUGCGAGACAUCCCAGCACCACGGUCCGACAGAUUGGAAGGUCUCAUCGAUUUCGGGAUGGCGGUGCAAGCGUUAUGCGACCACAUCGAAGCGGCGAACGAACGCGCUCAUUUAUCGAAUCCUUCACUACUACAGGAACUCGUUGCGAAGCUUCCCGCAGAUCAAAGGAUGAUGUGGGCAGGAUAUAAGCGUAGUUUUCAAGUCGUCGAUUUAAAAACCUUUGGCGAUUACAUGACGUCGGUGGUGCAGGACGCGUCGAGCGUAGUAACCUUCGAACCUGAGUCCAGAAGGAACAACCCAUGCGAUCGUCCGAAGAACAAAGCGUUCGUGAACACUCACGCGAUGGAAGGAGCAGUCAGUUCUGUACGGUCAAUAAAUGUGCCAACCGGCGCAGCGAAACAGUUUGACUGCGCACACUGCAGCAAAACUGGUCAUCGAGUGCGCGAGUGUAUUGCAUUUAAAGCGUUGCACGUCGACGACCGCUGGAGAAGAGUCCGAGCUUUAGGUCUUUGUCAGAAUUGUCUAUUCAGCCAUGGACGCAGGGCGUGUCGGAUUCGUAGUAGUUGUGACAUCGAGGGUUGUCAGUUCCGCCAUCAUCCACUGCUUCACUCUCUACGUGGGCCUCCAAAGGCUCCAGCAUCGAAUGCAUUAGUGGCGGAGAAUCACACCCACCGUCUUCUGACUUCGUCGACGCUGUUUCGGAUAAUUCCCGUAAUCCUACAUGGAAGCGACGUCUCGAUUGAUACCUUUGCAUUCUUGGACGAGGGAUCAGAUCUGACACUAAUGGAACAUGAUCUGGCUGUAUCAUUGGGUCUGAAAGGUAGCCCUCAGCCUUUGUGUCUACGCUGGACGGGAAACACUUCCCGCAUGGAAAAGGAAUCGCAACGCAUCACUUUCGAGAUCGCAGGUGAAGGACAGCAAAAACGGCACAAGAUAGUGAACGCAAGAACGGUUCAAUGUCUCAAUCUGCCGAGUCAGAGUUUCCAGGUGGAAGAAGCAGCGACAAAACACGCGCACCUUAGGGGGAUUCCGGUUAGCAGCUACCAUAACGCAAAGCCUAAGAUCCUCAUAGGAAUCGACAACCUACGACUUGCGCUACCACUUAAAGUAAGAGAGGGCGAUGGUACCGGUCCGAUAGCUGCGAGAACCAGAUUGGGCUGGUGUGUCUACGGCCCGCGAGAAAGCGGUGACACCGAAGCUUAUAAUUUCCACGUAAGCAGAUGCGAUUGCGACGAAGAACUUCACGAUACGGUGAAGCAGUUUUUUGCCAUCGAAGAAGCAGGCGUGCGCCCGUCAAACAUUCCAAUGUCUAAGGAAGAACAACGAGCGCUAACCAUCCUGGAAACUACAACCCGACGAGUAGAGAACCGUUUCGAAACGGGUUUGUUGUGGAAAGAAGACAAUGUAGAAUUCCCGAACAGCUACACGAUGGCGGUACGUCGUCUAGAAUGUCUCGAACGCAGAAUGGAUCGCGAUCCGCUGCUAAAAGAGAACCUCCAUCGACAGAUGUGCGAAUACGAGGCAAAGGGUUACGCGCACAGGGCUACGAAAGCGGAGAUAGAUGCAGCGGACCCAAGAAGGGUAUGGUACCUCCCGGUGGGAGCGGUAAUAAACCCUAAGAAACCAGGAAAGGUCCGAGUUAUUUGGGAUGCAGCCGCCAAAGUCGAUGGAGUCUCACUUAACAGCGCUCUUCUCAAAGGUCCGGAUCAACUCUCGUCACUUCCAGCCGUGCUAUUCCGCUUUCGACAGUAUAGGGUGGCGGUCAGCUCGGAUAUUCAGGAAAUGUUCCACCAAAUCCGUAUCCGAGAGGCAGAUAAGAAUUCCCAGCGCUUCUUGUGGCGCGCUUGUCCAUCGGAGAAACCUACGAUCUACUUGAUGGAUGUCGCUACCUUCGGGAGCACCUGUUCGCCAGCUUCGGCACAAUUCGUCAAAAAUCGGAACGCAGUACAGCACGCUGAACUGUUUCCUGAGGCAUCGAAAGCGAUCGUCCACGAUCACUACGUUGACGAUUACCUGUCGAGUUUCGGAUCCGUAGAAGAGGCGACAAAGGUAGCAAACGACGUGCGAUACAUUCACGGCCAAGGAGGCUUCAAAUUGCACAACUGGCGAUCAAAUAGCGGCACGGUCCUCGAGCAACUGGGCGAAGUACCUGAUGGAACUGAGAAGCAACUGAACCUGAUCGACGGGUCGACAACCGAGAGAGUGCUCGGUAUGCUUUGGAGCCCAUCAUCCGAUGAACUGAGUUUCUCUACUCAAAUGAGCGACGAGGUACAAACACUGAUUCGCAUGGCAACCCGACCGACGAAGAGGCAGAUUCUACGUUGCGUCAUGACGUUGUUUGAUCCACUGGGGUUACUCUCGCCGUUUAUCAUCCACGGAAAGGUCUUGAUCCAGGACCUGUGGCGCGAAGGUACGGAUUGGGACGAACAAGUAGGCGAUUUAGUCUAUGCGAAGUGGCAGAGGUGGAUCGAGAUGAUCAACCAUAUCGCAGAGAUCCGAAUUCCCAGAUGUUACUUCCCCAACGCCACGAGAAGGACCUACCUCAGGGCUGAAAUGCAUGUGUUUGUCGACGCAAGCGAAGUAGCUUAUUCGUGCGUUAUCUACUUACGCAUCUUCAACGAACACGGUAAACCACAGUGCAGCUUAGUAGCGGCAAAAUCAAAGGUCGCCCCCCUGAAACCGUGGUCUAUUCCCAGGCUGGAACUGCAGGCAUGUGUACUGGGCGUACGGUGGUCAAAAUUUGUGAAGGAAAACCUCGACGUCCCAGUUUCCAAGACGGUUUUCUGGACCGAUUCCAGAACGGCGCUAUCCUGGAUUAAUGCCGACCCUCGAAACUAUCGCCAGUUCGUGUCCUGUAGAGUAGGUGAGAUACUUGAGCAUACUUCGGUAAGCGACUGGAGAUGGGUGCCUUCCAAAUCCAAUCCAGCGGACGAAGCAACGAAAUGGGGUAGUGGACCGUACUUCAACCACGAUAGCAAGUGGUUCCAAGGACCGCAUUUCCUGAAUCUCCUGGAAGCAGAUUGGACCUGUCGCAAAGAACCGGUGAUGGUUACCGUGGAAGAAAUGCGUGUAUCGACACAACAUCACAGUUCGUCUGAACCAACGAUCGAUUUCGACCGAUUCUCUUCCUGGGACAGGUUGCAACGUGCGACCGCAUACGUUCUCCGUUUUCUGCACAAUGUAUCGAAGAAACAGCCACGAUAUAGUGGACAGCUGCAACAGUCGGAGCUGAAGGCUGCUGAAGAAGUCAUCUUCAAGUUGGUGCAACGUGAACAAUACCCGGACGAAGUUGCAGCGCUGUCAAACAAAGCGCCCAAUGAGACCGGUCAAGAAGUCAUCGGGAAAAACAGUUGCAUCUACCAAAUGAUGCCGAAGCUGGACGAGAAGGGUUUGCUACGUGAGCAGGGUCGAAUCGCGGCAGUUAAGAACGUCGCCUACAACGUGCGCCAUCCCGUGAUUCUACCGAGAAGGCAUCGCGUCACGGAACUUCUGGUGCAUCGAUUCCACCGCAACUUUCGCCAUGGCAAUGCUGAAACGGUCGUUAACGAAGUUCGACAAUUGUACGCUAUCCCGAGGCUUCGAUUGAUGGUCAAGAAAGUGGGCAGAGAAUGCCCGUCCUGCAAAAUACGGCGAACCAGACCAAUGAUCCCUCCAAUGGCUCCACUGCCAUCUGCCCGCUUAGCCCAUCACGAGCGAGCUUUCACCUACACAGGGGUGGAUUAUUUCGGACCACUGCUGGUGAAGUUGGGGCGAUCCAAUGUAAAGCGAUGGGUCGCACUGUUCACCUGCCUAACGAUUCGUGCCGUACACCUAGAAAUCGCCUACACACUAUCAACGGAGUCCUGUAUAUCGUGCGUCCGCCGAUUCGUUGGACGGCGCGGGCCACCUGCCGAGUUUUUCAGCGACAACGGAACGAAUUUCCAAGGAGCCGAUCGAGUACUGCAGCACCAGAUAAGCCAGGGACUGUCCGCAACGUUUACCAGUGCAAACACGAAAUGGAACUUCAUACCACCAGGAGCGCCACACAUGGGCGGAGCGUGGGAACGCCUAGUACAGUCCGUUAAAGCUGCAAUGAAAGAAGCGUAUUCCGAGGGGAAGCUUGACGACGAGGGGUUGCAGACGUUGGUCGUGGAGGCUGAAAGUGUCGUAAACUCAAGGCCUCUGACGUAUCUGCCAUUGGAGAGCGAGGAGACCGAGGCCCUCACCCCGAACCACUUCCUGUUGUUAAGUUCGAAUGGGAUGAAUCAAAUGAACGACGAAGAUGAAGGACCGAGACAGUUCAGCGAAUCAGUUCGGUGUCGAAUCCUGGGGGAUUCCUGGGAGCAGAUCCAGCAUCAGCUAAAUGUAUUCUGGGGGCGCUGGUUGGUGGAAUAUCUGCCGGUGAUCCGCCGGCAACCGAAAUGGUUCAGCGAGACACCAUCAUUGAAACCAGGCGACCUGGUAAUGGUCGCGGAGCCGACGAGACGGAGUGGCUGGGAGCGAGGGCGAAUAGUUUGCCUGAAGCAGCAUGCGGACGGCAGACAUCGACGAGCGGUCGUGAAGAUAGGCGACAAGACCUGUGUUCGACCAGUGUCGCGGUUGGCUUUGCUCGACGUGAGGAAGAGUGGAGCUCCGGCGGACUCCGGACUACACCAGGGGGAGACUGUCAACGCAGAAACCGUCGAGCUGGCAACACUGCCUAGCAAAUGCAACGCGUCCGCUUCAAAAGCAACACAACAGUAAAGCGCCGCGUCAGUGGGUGACAGACGUCAUUUGAUGACAGUGGAGAUACGUCACCGAACUGUCAACGGCAAGACCGCGUGUUCUCGUAAUCGGUCUAUUCCACAUUAGCCGUGAACGAGAACAGGACUGAACUGGCAAAGUGCUGAAAAUUAAACAAAUUGAAAAUUUAAGUAUUAAAGUGAAGAAAAGUAAAGAUAGUAAAGAGUGAAAGCGAGGUUAGGAGUAAAGUAUAGAAUUAGAUAGAAGUGAGUUAACUGUGCUAGAAGGAAAGUAAGUUAGCAGCUAAGAAAGAAGAAAUAUUUUUAAUUAUUGAAAUCUAAUUUAACCCCUUUAGCUCGCGGACGAAGCUAACCGCUAUCUAGGGCGGAGAAAAGGAAUAGCCCACCAAAUUUUGAAGCUAAUUAAAAUCAUUACGCUGUCAAAACGGCCUUUUUCCUUCGCCCUACAACCUCGAC